UGAUGUGCUUGUAUUGACUAUUUGACAGUGACAACGACGCUCGCGAACUGACAAUUGACAGAACAAACGCGGGCGAUGUCGAGCUUCGACCCGCGCUCACCAGAUUCAUCCGCCUCCCCAGGCCUCCUCCGACGCGUUGCAUUAAGUCCUUCCCGCUCUGAAGCCAGCUUCGAAGGUCAUGGUCAUGACGACAGUUUCGCAGAACGUGCUGAAGUCGAAGCAGCUCUUACCGAACUUGACCUUGACCCUGAGAUUAAUUCUACCCAGGAUGUUGUCUCCCAAUGGUCCUCUUCCCGACCAUCCUACACAUCCUUUAGUACGUCUACUCCGUACAGUGGUACAGGGUCUUACACUGGCACUUCCGCUUCGUACUCCGCGGACACUGCAACAGCAACAGGAACUUAUUUUACCCGCGACCCUCGCAUCCUGAGCACAAUCUCAGAACGCACAGAGCACCCCAGCCGACCGACUUCCUUCGCCCACAACCGUCUUUCUACACACCGCCUAAGCACAAUCUCCAAUCCGCAUGUUCGAUCAACUACUGAAUCUCCUGCAAAUGCCAACAGAAUUAGCACGCACUCCCAGGGACACACACGCGGUGCCACAGAUAUUCCCACAACUAGCCGUCGCACGGGCGAUCUCAUUGCAUUCUUCGAGGACCGUGCAGGAACCCCUAGCAAAGAAAAGGAGAGAAUUACAAGCCCAUUUUUACCUACAACCCAGAGUACUCCUCAUUUAGGGAGUACCACAGGGUACACCUCAACUGGAUAUGGUUAUACUACGGGAUUCACUUCGACCGGGUACGGAUAUACCACAGGGACAAACGGCUAUACCACAUCCCACCUAUCCUCUGCCGCUAAAAGCAGGUCCGAUGAUUCGCGUUCCACCGUCUCGACUUCUUCAGGUGGAGGUGGGACUGAUCUGAGCUUGUCGACUUUGUUAAGUCCACCAGUGCGCGGGUUUGGCACCCCAACCGGGACGUAUAGUGGCAGUGGGAUAGCAACAGCGACAGGGAAGACACAGUUAAGCCCAAGCGAUUUUGCGAGUACAUUCUCGAGUGCAUUUGGGGUCACUAGGGGUACGUGUGCCAAUGCCUCUUCUAUCCUUACCUUCACCUCUUCACUUCGUGUUAACACUCUCAAUUCAGGCAGACAAGAUGAUAAUACACCCACGCGCCAGACUCAGACCGCCCUCCGUCGUAGCACCGCUCCUCUGAACGAGACCAACACGAGCCCUAGGAGUCCGUUAACUAGCGUACGGAAUAUUGUAGCUGCGUGGAAGGAACGCACACCCGGGCUAGGGAAAGCGAAGACUGAGAGCAGUGAAGGCGGGAGCGAACUGUCUCCACCUGGUGCAUCAAAGAUGGAGGGCUUGUUCUCUCUUCGUAGACGCGCAUCGCGUCAUGGUCCACGGGGACAGCCGCCAGUGACACCUGAUAGGAAUGGUGGGAGGGGCAAUGCAGGAGGUAGCAACAGAAACAGGGGAAACGAAGGAAUGACUAGUAGUGGAAACAAUGUCAUGAGGAGGAGAGUGAGCUCCACAAGUAGCCUCAUACCCCCGCCUUUUGAUAUGACAGAUCUGAGGUCAAGAGAGAAUCGGGAGCCCAUCCGCAUCGGCACUCUCUGGUAUCUCAAUGUGCAUUCCCCAAUGCCUUACCGGUGGCAAAAAUGCUCCGCGCUGCUCUACCCCCACGUGCUUAUCCUUUCUUGGAGUGCCCCUGGGGGUGGUCGGGGCGUAGUGAGCUUAGAUCUAAUCAAUUGUACAGAAGUGAGGAGUACCCCUGGCUUUACACACCCUGGGGCAAGGGGUGAUGUCGGGGGCGUGAGUGCAUUAGCUCAAAUGACUGAAGACGGCGUGAGUCUCGUGCAAGUAUUGUGUCCGUUUCAGCUGUUGUAUGGUGAUGGUGUUGAACGACUUGCGGCGGAGAGUGCGAGGGAGAGGGUGAGGUGGGUGAGUGCGAUUUGGGAAGCACUCGAUCGCUCCUUGUCGCUCCCCAAUCGUUCCCAAUCCGGUUCGCCCACAGGCAGCAUAGGCACCAUCCACUCUCUAGCCUCUUCCACAUCCACAUCUGCUGGGAGCAGAAGUACCGUGUUUGUACCCCCGCUGCAUACGAUCCCGAGUCUGUCGGAUCUGGGAAGUGGUCUGAGUACGAGUAGGGUGCCCAGUGUGGGCGGCCAUGGGCGCACUACGGAUGAUUCGUCGUACCUUUACCCGUCUGACCCGCGCGUCAUUGCUCCAUCCCGAUCUUCAUCCUUGCGCCGCACCUCGUCUCUCACAGACUUGGACGAGGAGUUUGCUAGUGCUGUGUCGCGUGCUCGUUCUGCCAAGCCUGGGCUAGGCUUUGGCUUGAGUUUGGUUAACGACAGUUUGAGUUCAGAGAGUGGUGGCAUACUAGGCGUGGGUGGGGGAAGCCCUGUGACAGUGAGCAGUGGCCCAAGAUUGGGGGGCGAUGUUCGCGUCACCCCGCCUCCCACUGGGAAAGUAAGGAAUCGAGCUCUCAGUGUCAGUGAGGAAGAAUUCUUCAGCGCCGGCUCACGCACGUCCAGUGUGCCAGGCUCUCGUUCUGAAUCAGACUUUUUCUCAGCGGACAGCUCCAGGACAAGCAGGAGUGGCGAUGGCAGGACAACGACAGGCUUGGUGACAGAUGGGACAGCUUUUGAAUUCACGAGCGGCGAGUCAAAUACGCAGAUCGUCCCGAGCACGCUAAGCUACAGACGCACGGAGAGUAAUUCUUACCUGGGGGACUCGCAUGACGGCAGUGGGAGCUAUACGCCAUAUACAUCUAGCGAUGGGCGUUCACGAACACCUUUCUCAUCGAGUGACAGCCGGUCGAGAACGCCGUACUCGUACUCGUCCAGCGGAUACACGAACAGCACGCCCUACACGUACACGAGUGGCAGUUACCCCACCUCUACUUCGCCGUCCUUAUCUCGUACUCCUGAGGUUCGGAGACGGCGGUAUGGUGGAUACUCUACAAGUGAGGGACCAUCUGAUAGGGAGUACUCUGCAACAUCAAGGUCGACACUGAGCGGCUGGACGAGGAGCAGGACGCCAACAACGACAACAGAGGGAUUUUUAGUUGUGGAGGAGAGAGAGAGCAGUGGGAGUGAGGGGUAUACCACGGCCUACGCGUCGCCCAGCCCGAGCACUGCAUCAUUCAAGAGCCUUCCAACGAUCCCAAGCGAGUCAGACUACCAGACAUUGAACACAUGCAAGACUUGUGUGAGCUCGGAGUUCGUGACUGCAGAGCGGUGCGUGAGUGAUGUGGAAACAGAGUAUGUGACAGCGGAAAAGUGCAAGACCGAGACCGAAACGGAUUUCUGGACAGCGGAAUUGUGCAAGAGUGACAAGGAGGAAACGCAGUAUGAGACGGCGAGCGUAUGUCUUACGAUCCCGAGCGAAGAGGGGUUGAGCACACCGAGGUCGGGUUUGGUUAUGGAGCUUGCUGCCGAGGAACCCAUUGACCAGCCUAUUCAAGCGCCCAUUCAAGCACCCAUUCAAGCACCCACUGACCUGUACAUGGACGAGCUUAUGGACGAGCCCAUUGAAACGCCUAUCGAAGCGCCCAUCGAAGCGCCCACCGACCUACUUAUUGAAGCGCCCAUCGACCUCCCUAUCGAAGCACCUAUUGACCUGCCUAUCGAAGCGCCUAUUGACCUGCCCAUUGGACCACCCAUUGACCUGCCAAUUGAUGUGCCCACUGACGUGCCCAUUGACUUGCAUGAGGGAGAGGAAGUGGAGGUAGAUCUGCCGCCCACACCCCCGCCAAAGACACCGAGCGAAGUUCCCAGUAUCAUCUCUGAGGAACCAGUGCUGGAGGUGUCGAUCACGCCUGAGGCUGUUACUGCACAGGAAGAGAUCGCAGAGGAGGGCAGCCUAAUUGAGAGCGCCCCGCUUACCGCCCAGGCGCCCGAGACACCGACCCCCAUCGUCAGUUUCCAUACCGACUCGUCAUUCUCCUACACCGAGAGUGAUCUGAGUCCCGCACAGCUAGAACUUGACACGUCUGUCUCGAGUUUGACAGAAUCAACCGAGCCCUUCGUUAUUGCGACACCUCAGGCAGUCCAGACUCCACUUCUCUCGAUAUCUGACCAUGACGAAGAGGCAGUCACGCCAUCUGUGCACCCAUCUCAAUGGCCUUCUGAGACAGAUGUGUCGUUUGAUUCGUCUGCACUACAGCCUACCCCUAGUGUGCAGAGCGUUGCGUUGCAGGAGGGCAUCGAUGGGAGCUUUGAGACAUCGUUUAUGCGCCCCAGUGUAUCGCCACUGAGCAGUAUUGCGAGGCUCACGCCUAUCACAGAGACUAUUUCUUCCCUUACACCGUCUCCUAGACAGGUAUUUCACCCACUUGAAUUGGUGUCUUCGCCAUCCAGUGGACCGACUCCUCUGACGAUGUCGACGAGCGCAUCGAGUUCCCUGUCAAGGACCGCGUCCACCGUGAGUGGAGUAUCGAGUAUUGCGAUUGAGGCGGAGGAGGAAGAUGCAGUGAGUGUAAGAGCUGCCAGUGAUAUUUCGACGGUGCCGUCUUUGUUGUCGACGAGAAGAGAGGAGUCGGUGCGAUAUAUGCCAAUGCCGUCCCCGCGGACCGUCCCUCUCCCGGUGUCCCCUGCCCCUACUUCGGUGUCGAUGAGUGUGAGUGUGACAACACCGCACGAUGAUGUUCCUUCCAUCCAUUCUGUCCUUGAAACGGAGCACACCCGCACGCACACUGAGCACACUAUCACACACGAUAUUGACCGCCUUCUUCACCAUAUCCAAGAGCUUGACCAGUUCCGUGGCCAGGAAACGCAGGAAAUCGCAGAGAAUGUGCGUGCUAUCCGGGACGAGUUGUAUGAUUUGUCGGAGUACGUCCGUGAGAGGCUCGUCACGGAGAGAUCGCCACCUGUGCCAACUAGAGACACGGCUGUCGGAGGUAGUGUGCUCUCUACGCCAAGAGGACCGCGCCCGAGGCCGGCUAUCACCCUUGUCGAGAUGUCUCCACCCCCUAUGCACCCCUCCUCCCCGAGUUCGCUCAAUUCAGUUAUGUCGUUCUUGUCUUCGCAUCACUCGGAUGAUGACUUAAGUCUGUUGGAAACGGAAUUGGAAGCGGAGACGGUGGAACGCUCGUAUUCAGUCUCUAGGGAGCCAUCUUGGCCCUCAUCGUCCUCAUCAUCAUCCUCGGUCUCACCAUCUGAAAUUUCGUCUAGCGAGCCAUCCCCUGGUCCCAGCUUGUCGGCGACGUCUUCGUCAUCACCGACACCUCCACCCUCAUCACCGACACCUCCACCCUCGUCACCUACACCUCCACCCUCGUCACCUACACCUUCGACGGCAUCGGCCACCACUGUGCGGCAGCGCGAUAGCAUUACGAUUGAGACGUUGAGAGACAUGCUGACCUCACUGAGAGAACAGACGACUGCACUUUGGGAGGGCCAGAUGUCAACAAACCAUAUGCUGGACGAGUUGCGCGAGACACGAUCAGGUCCUCUGGAUACCACGGAGUUUAAUGAUCGGUUUCGGGUAAUCGAGGCUCUUUUGCGUCAACUUGUCGAGAGACGGGUCGAGACUGAAAGACCAGUCCAUAUCCAGCCGCCAUCAGCGACUGUUUCUGAUGUCAGCACAGAUGUAGAUGCAGAAGAUUUUCAACAGCGCUGGCAGGACUGGACACGACUCUUGAGGGAUCGCGUGCCUCUUGCUGCACCCCAACCACGCAGAGCUCGUGGAAAUCUUGACGAUGAGCUACUUGCAUUAUUGCAGGCACCCCCGCCCCAAGUGCCUAUAGGCGUCCAGCCGCCACCAGCAUUGAUCCCCUUCGCUUAUCAACCUGCGGUACGUCCUCCAAGGUCAAGGAGUACCAGUCCCAUAUUACGGCCUGCGACGUUCCCAAUCGCCACAGAGCCGGUGGUGUUCUCACCCGAGAUUCCACACUCACGUAUACCUCACCGUGCUCGAGUUCGUCGUGUCGUUCGAGAACCGCGCGACCCAGCUGCAACUGAGACUGGGAUAGCAUUUCCUGGUGCACCUGGACCACGUAUCCAGCAACCUCUCGGGACAAUGGCACCACCACCACCUGGAGUUGUUUCCGAUCCCGCACCUACACGCCCGCCUACUAAUAUUCCACCUCCUCAGCCUAUCAACUUGCAAGGAAGACCUCCAAGUGCGCCUGCUAACCUUGAACCCAGUGACGACAUUCGCGAGCCUCAACGCUGGUACUAUCCUCCUAGAUCAGAGGGCUUGGGCGUACCUCCUCCGCCUGUUCUCCCUGGUCAACAGGGUGGUCGCCAAUACGUGCCAAUGCCUCCCGGACCAACCGUAGUGCAGUUGCCACUGUUUGACACAUUGAUGAACAUCCUUCGGGAACAUCGUCUCGCCCAACUUGCGACCGUGGAUCAACAACGAGAAUUGAUGAGGUACAUGAGAGGUCUGAAUGAAUGGCUUGAAAGGGAUGUGCAGGACCGCCAAGCAGAAUUACGGGGGGUGACUGCUCGUGUUGAUGAGCUCAGAAAUGAUCUUGCACGACUGGGGUUAGGGGUGCAGCCCGGUGUGCAACCGCCAGGUGUGCACCCAGGUCAUGGAGUGAUCCCUGUUGGACCUCCAACUAUGUUUGGUCCUCCUGGAUUCGUUCCUCAAGGAGUUACAGAGCCUCCCGUUAUUCCGCCCUAUCAAGAUUCUCCUCAGCCAGGCCAAUAUACUCCCUUCAUACCUGAUGAACCUCAGUGGCGUAGGCCGGGCCCGCAGGGCAUGCCAGAACCUCAUCAUUUCCCUCCAGGUGCGCAAGGACCAGUAAUCCCUGAUCAUCCCCAACGUACAACAUCGUGAUCAGUACGAGCACCGCCCUGACGAUGAAGAUGAAGGAAUUAUUCCCACAAGUCCUCUCUCGGGGUCUAGCGAUUCUGUGCUCCCCACAAGACCAUUCGUACCGGAACAGACAUUCA